AUGGCAGCACCACUACACUUCCUCGUCCUCCUCCUCCCAUUCUUCUCCCUCUUCCUUGCUCCGGCCUUCUCUUCCGGCCAGACGGAGCCCAAAGUUCCGGCGCUCUACGUCUUCGGUGACUCCACGGCUGAUGUGGGCAACAACAACUAUUUGCCUGGGAACAACGCCAAGGCCAAUUUCCCCCACAAUGGAAUUGACUUCCCUUUCUCUAGACCUACUGGAAGGUUCAGUAAUGGCUACAAUGGCAUUGACUUCUUGGCAAGGCAUGUGGGAUUUAAGAGGAGUCCACCACCUUUUCUUUCUCUUGCUAGCAACACAAGUCAUGACAUUAUGCGAGGAGUGAAAGGGACAAAUUUUGCCUCUGGUGGAUCUGGAAUUUUGGACUCAACAGGAAGCACCAAUAGCACCAUUUCCAUGACAAAGCAGAUACAGUAUUUUUCAACAGUUCGGUCACAACUUACUCAACGAUUGGCGAUUGAGCAAAUUGACGAAUUAUUCUCUAAGUCUCUUUUCAUUAUAAGUAGCGGGGGAAAUGAUAUAUUUGCUUACUUCUCACAAAAUAGAUUCCCAAAUGUUACUGAAAGGCAAAACUUCAUUUCUAGUCUUAUCACGAAAUACGGGGAUCAUUUGAAGGAACUCUAUGCUCUUGGAGGUAGGAAGUUUGGUAUUGUUGAUGUUCCACCUCUGGGAUGCUGUCCUUAUCCGAGAAGUUUAAACCCCACUGGUGGUUGUCUUGAAAUGUUAAACGAAUUGGCACAGGAAUUCAAUGGUGCUUUAAAGGUUCUUAUGAAUGAUGUGAGUUCAACGUUGGCAGGGAUGAAAUAUUCUAUUGGAAGUUCCAAUGCUGUUGUCAUGAAUAUAGUUAACAACCCCGGAGCUCUUGGUUUUAAGGAAACAAAAACUGCAUGUUGCGGAUUUGGCAAGUUCAAUGGCGAAUCUGGAUGCACUCCCAAUGCUACAGUUUGUUCUGAUCGGCGCCUUUACUUAUUUUGGGACUUGCUACACCCUACACAUGCAACAGCUAAGAUUUUUGGACUCGCAGUUUAUAGUGGCCCAGAGCAAUUUGCCAGUCCUAUCAACUUCAAGAAAUUAGUUGAGGAUUAUAACUAAGAUAAUUUCUCUGUAUUGAAAUGGCUCUUGUGAAUGAACAAUCCGUUUAGUUAAAUGGAAAAGUUCUUCUUUGAACAA